GCGCCAGUUUAACCGUGGUCCGCUCAGGCCCAGUCAAAACAAAGCAGUGGAAGUGGCCUGUCGCGUUUAGCUUUAAACACUGAAAACAAACUGCGAAGCGUGGGGAAAAAUCGCCGCCUGGUGUUUUCAUUUGGCCGAGGUUUAAUCGCCCCCGCGGUCAGUUUUGUCCACGGUGAAGCCUCCUCUUCCCCCCCAGAGGUGGGUGUUGUUUUGCUCUCGGUGGCGGUUGGAGAUGUAAACGGCUAACGGGCGUCAGUUGCUCGGGAGAGGCUGAGCAAAGGUAACGUUAGAAGAGGAGCGGGGGUCGAAGUUAAAGACGGAGGCGGAUUAAAUAACCUCCUGGUCGGUAGCAUGGUGGAGUAGGCGUCGAAGCUCUCGGGCUCCAGCGACGACGGUUCGCUCUCACCGGGGAGGUUCACCAUGGCCCCGGGCUCUCUGGUGGCGGCCUGCCGCAGCCUGGCCCUUUCUACGUGGCUGCUCUCCUUCUGCUUCGUCCACCUGCUGUGCCUGGACUUCACCGUGGCCGAGCGGGAGGAGUGGUACACCGCCUUCGUCAACAUCACCUACGUGGACCCGGCCACCUCGGAGCUGCGCACCGAGAAGACGGAGUGCGGGCGGUACGGGGAGCACUCCCCGAAGCGGGACGCCAAGGGGUUCGUGGUUCAGCCUGUGGCCCCGCACGACCGCCAGGCCUGCGACCCCAACACCCGGUUCGCGAUUCCCGCACAGCCCGGGGCCUGGGUGGCGCUGAUCGCACAGGGAAACUGCACCUACAAGGACAAGAUCCGCCACGCAGCAGCCCUGAACGCCUCGGCCGUGGUCAUCUUCAACGUGGGGUCUGCUAAUGCUAACGAGACCAUCACGAUGCCUCAUUCAGAUACAGGUGAGGUGGUCGCCAUCAUGAUCCCGGAGCCAAAAGGCCGCGAGGUGGCGUCACUGCUGGAGCGUAAUGUGACGGUCACCAUGACGAUCACCAUCGGGACGAGGAACCUGCAGAAGUACGUCAGCAGGACGUCGGUGGUGUUCGUGUCCAUCUCCUUCAUCGUGCUGAUGAUCAUCUCCCUCGCCUGGCUCGUCUUCUACUACAUCCAGAGGUUCAGAUACGCCAACGCACGGGACAGGAACCAGCGUCGUCUUGGUGAUGCGGCGAAGAAGGCCAUCAGUAAACUGCAGGUUCGCACCAUCAGGAAGGGCGACCAGGAGACGGAGGCCGACUUCGACAACUGCGCCGUCUGCAUCGAGGGCUACAAGGCCAACGACGUGGUCCGCAUUCUGCCCUGCAGACAUUUGUUCCAUAAGAGCUGUGUGGAUCCGUGGCUGUUGGAUCAUCGCACGUGCCCCAUGUGCAAGAUGAACAUCCUCAAAGCCCUGGGCAUCGCCCUGAACGCAGACUGCCUGGACGACCUGACGCUGGACUACGACCUGGCCCUAGGCGGCGUAGGUGGGGUGGGUGGCGUCGGGGCACUGGCCCUGGAGGCUGUGGUGUCCGGGGCCUCCAGUGACGGCACGCUGAGCGAAGGCGGCUCCUCUGUGGUGCUGGAUCCCGGCGUGCGACGGGUGGGCCUCCCACAGGACUACCAGGACCCCGACACCCUGAGAGACAGCCCUGUGACGGCCACCACCGACACACACACAGGUGAGCUACUGCCAAUGGCGAGCAGCGCCUCGGCGGCAUCCUUGGUCAUCACGGUGGAAACGGGUCUCUCAGACGAGGAGGGGUCCAUGGAACAGUCUCAGCUGGCGGACAAGUCCUGAGAGGAGCCUAACAGAGCCAGACCACAACCCGGGUCAAAACUGACUCCGCUCAGCUUUGGAUUUGUCUGUGGACCUGAAGCUCCCGAAGAACGACCUGACUGAAACCAGAUCUGAACCAAACCAACUUGCCUGCACCCCUAGGUGCACUCGAGCCCAGCUAAAAGCAGGAUCUAGACUUUGCUUUGACGUAGUGGAAUAUAAACAUGCGUGUUGGUUUUGAUCAGGAAACUGACUGACCUGGUUUGGCUUUGUUUCCGGCCUCCUCUUGGACACUUGGUGAGGUUGAACCCAGGACCCGACCUGGGCCAACAUGGAUGUUACCCGGCGUGUUUACGUUGGUCUGACCCCCUCGGCUCUCCUCGGUUCGACCAGGCGUUUUUUCUAACGUUAAACUGGGAUAUAACUCCAUCUGCCUGUCUGUCGUCGCUUCCUGCAGAUGUCUUAAUCAGCCCACAUCUGUCUCAGUUCACGCUGUUGCUAGAAAUAGACGAGGCUUCCUUUGGUCCUGCCCACCUUUCAUUGUUCCUGACAGACUUUCAAAUCUUGUGAAACUCGUCUCGUCGACAUCUGUUUCCUCUUGGACUGUCGAAGGGCAGAUGGGAUUCAGACAGAGUCCUCCACAAGACACAUUUAUACUCGGAGAACACGAGGAUGAUCUGAAAGUCUCCUCGUUGCUCGUGUGAAACAGGGUAGAACCUGAGAAAGCCAGCUGCCAAAAGAAAAGGCGCUCCUCAAAGGUCAAUAUUCUCCUCCAUCAGGAAUGUAGAUCUGCCUGUUUCUACUUCAGUAAGGAUUGCUUUCAUCUCGGGACCCUUGUGGAAUAUUCUGUUACCUGGUUUUUCCAGGUAGAGAUCUAGAAACUGUGUCUGUGCUGCGUGUCCUGGUCUGGAUUCGUACUCUCUGGUUUAUUUUUAGCUCAUUUUGAUUUGCCAGGUGCUGCUUCUUGAUGUGUGUGAUGUCUGUAGUGAUUAGCUGGAAGACUUCUACUUUGAAAGGACAGACCAGCUACACUGGCUUUUUUUUUUUUUUUUCCUUUUUCUAUUGUUUCUGCUGAAUCGGUGGACUCGUCGUGACAGUAUUACAACUACACUUUAACUGCAGUAUUAAAUCGCAACUACACACAGUAUUUUCUUUUCUCUUUUUUCCGGUUUGUGUAGUUCAAGGUUCCUUUAUCUUUUCAGUACUCAGUAUUUGCUUUGAAUCAUUUCUGUCCUUGGAUUUAGUUCCAAACAGGGUUCUUAUGUGUGUCUGGAAAAUAGUGACAAUUAGAAAUGACUGUUUGCAGGGGUGUACACUAUACUAUAAGGUAUAAGAAAGGUUGACUUUAGGUAUAAAAUUUGUGGAAAAUCAUGCAGCUUGGGUCUUAAAACAAACUAUUUUUAAACUAACUUGUUUCUCUAUAGAUAAAAGCAUCCGUAACGUUGGGCAGAGACUGCAUGUUUUUAUUCAUCUUGUACAUUUUGUUAAGUCACAUUACAUGUUUUAAUUGCCCUUCCUGCUCGCCCCCAGUCGGUUUUGUCCAGCGACAGUUCCAGUAAAGUUUAUACAAACCAGAAGACUUGAGGCUAAUUUAUAUUUCUGUGUUUAAUCUACGCCAUAGUCUUGAUGUGCCCCUCCCCCAAAACUCCACAUCUGCCGCUGCCGCAAGAAGUGUGAUUGGUCGGCUCUGUAGCGUUGCAUUUCCGGCUUGUCCCGCUUCUUCAAGGGUCAUGCAUACCAUCUCCUUCGACGCCUUGUCUCUUUUCUGCGUUUUAGUAAUUUCACUAAAAGUAACUGCUGAUCAUCUCAGUUUCAGUCGCCAUUGUUUGUAGUAUCCUACACCAACGAAGAAGAAGAAGAAGAAGAAGAAGAAGCAGCUCAACACAGCAGAACAUUAAAAAACAGAUGGUAUAAUUGCAGAGUGCCGCAGACACCAACGCACAAGUAUAAAUACUCACGACGGGACAUGGCUUACGCAGUCGGCAAGUUCAUAGACUCGACGAAGAAGCAUAGAAGUCCUAAACAAUUUUAACAUAAAGAGAGAUAAGCAGCGAUUUCUACUCUGAACAGGAAGUAAGAAUAUAGAUAGUCUGGCCUUUCUGUUCUGUACAGUUUUAAGACUUCAGCUUUAGCCACAACAGUAAUAUUAAAACGAGUUGAAAUGAGUCUGGGGUUACCAAUUUAGGGUAAAAAUCGUGCUUAAUGGGUCCAGCGUCUGCCUGGUUUACAGGAUAGAAAUCAGUCUUCCAUCGUGGGCGUCUCUCCUGAGUCGUAACGUUCGGUAAGUGUUCUCACGUGUCCUCCGUUAAAAUGCCAUGUAGGAACCCUGUCCAUAGUGCUGCCUUGUUCUGUUCUACUGUUCGUCUGCCUGACCACACGUGUCCGUUACCGUGGCCUCAUGCUGCCUUUUUUGAAAAAGCAUAUUUACCGUUUUAACCCUGACAAUCAAGGAUCUGACCUUUUACUUGCCAGUCAGGGAUCUUUUCUCUGAGCAAACCUAAGAAAGAUGUGAGCUGCCAUUACCAUUUCCAGACUUUAAAUUAACGCUGAGCAAACUGAGCUGUGAGAGCCGGACAAAAAAGGCGCCCAAGUUACUGAGACGCAGAAACACAUUCAGAGCUGUGGACAGACUGGGUUUAGCCAUGACUCCUUCCCUGCUUCAGUGAGUGUAGUUAAGCUCAAAGCAUGUAACUAUAAAAUGUAUAUUCUACAAGUUCUACCACACCACGUGACAUUGCCAAACUGGCGUGCAGACUGCAUAGGGCUGAGGUCGCAUCGUGGCAUUGCCGGCGCCACGAGCAUCCUGACACUAAGAGAGAUAAAGAUUGUCGUCUAUUUUGAUACCAGAGGAGACGUUUAUUUUUGUAACGACGUAGCAAAGACUGAUUCCCUCCCCUCAUGACCCACGGCCUGGUGGGUCUCAGUGCGACUGAGUAUUGAUCAGGUGGAUGUAAAUGUUGUUUAUUUGUGUAAAUGUACGCACAGAACGUAAAAAGGACCUUGACAAUAUGAACCUAAACUAUUGUAAAUCGGUCCGCAAACAUUUGGGAUCUGAUUGUUUGUGUAACUUGCCGAAACCUGAGAAUUGAACCCAAGUGAAGGAACUGGAGAACGAACGCUGUGCUGUUUCCCAUCUCUCUCUUUUGGUACUAAUGUCUGUUAACAGCAUACAAAUCACAACAUUUGACUUCUGAAAGUGGACAUAAAACAAUAUAUUCAAUGUGUUCAAGACUGUUUAAUGGCCUUGCAUGUACAUAGCAUUGUUUUUCAGAUUAAAACAAAAGUGCUGGACAUGCAAAGCAAAGCAAAUCGUACACUUAGCCUUUAAAAUAUUCACAUUGGUACCAAACUGUGAAGAGUUCGGCGCAGUACUCGAGAGCCGAGAAGCAUUUUUAAGUUUCUUCUUCUUUAAGUUUCCUUAUCUUUCCUCUCUACUUGCAUUUCAGUUUCAGGACUGAGAAACAGCCAAGUUACUAAAUAUUUGACAAACACUAGUUGAUUUAAACUGAACUGGUAAAUUGGUGGCGAGCAUUAUUUGCUAUAAUAUAUGAAGAUUGUGUGUAUUUGUAUGCCUUGUCUUGGCCAAUUUCCAGUGAACAGUGUUUUAGUUAAAGUCACUUCCUUUUGUGUUUAUAAGCUUUAUUUUCAAGGGAUUUAAUUGAGUAUAAUGUUAUUUUCACAUUUGCACUGUUUCAUUCUCUUUCUUUUUAAAUGUGGCUGCAAUUCUUCUGCUGCAGUAAUGAAAGUGAACUGAACUCACCCCUCCAGAAUCCAUUUCUGUUGUUCUGUUAGUAGAGACUGAGGUUGCUGUGGCAUGUCGGUCCUCCAAACGCUGUUUAGUUACCAGCAGAAAUGUGUCCGUAACUACAAGUGUCAAAAACUGUCAAAUGCAGAACGCUGUCAUUGAAUGUCUGGUCAUAUUCAUAAUUUCUGUACGUUCUCCUAAUCAAUGUUUCAGGCUGCUUUAUUUUGACAAACCUUUAACAAUUGAGAAGAUUAAGUUAUAUGUCAAGACAAAGAAUUUCUUUGGCAUUGGUACUAAAACUCAUGUAUCAUAUCAGUUAGUGGCGAAACAUUUCAAACAAAUCUCAGUGUAGGCCAAUGAUGAACCUUUUGGGCAGGCGAGUUAAAGGUUAAGUUUCGGUAUUUUUAAACCUGGGCCCUAUUUUCUCACAUUUCUGUGUUGAAAUGAAAAGUACAAAACGUUUUGGAAUCAGUUAGAACAAUUGUUGAAUGAAUCACCAACUAUUUUGAUCGUCGAUAGUCCUAAUUUUAAAGAAUGGCCUCCAAAUGGUCUGAUUUCAAUCGAUGAUGAAAGUAAUCGCUAGAAUCCGUGCAGCCAGCAGCCGCAAACCUUACUGAGGUAUUCCUUCGGGCCAACAGCGCCUGUCAAAAUGGCAGAAAGUUGUGCUUUGUGCCACCGACAGGCUCGGGCUGUUAUACGAAGUGUCUGACAACAUCAUGGAAAGGAUCCCUACAAGUGACUCCUGGUGACACCCUUUUGUUUUUAACAAAGUCUCCUCAAGGACAAUUCUCGCUCUGAAAUCUCGUGAGAGGCGAGUUGUUGCAAGAAGACGAGGGAGAGGGGGAACUGCUCGCAAGACUUUAUUCCCAAACAUUAAUGUUCCUAACUUACCUUUCCUCUGGCGUCCUCCUGCAACAACUCGCCUCUCACGAGAUUUCAGAGCCAGAACUUUCCUUGAGCGAGACUUCAGUUUGUGGCUAAAAAAUCAAAGAAUCAUGCGUAGAUAUUCUUUCCAUGAUGUUUUCAGACACAUGGUGUAACAGUCUGAGCCUGUUGCGGCAAAAAAGUACAUUUUGUUGACGCCAUCUGGACAGGCAAAAUUGCCCUGAAGGAAUACGUUGCAGUCACUGCCGGCUGAAGCCAUCUACUGCACAGAUUUAAAAAAAUACAUAAAUGACUCUUGAUGUAUUCCUGCUCUUCCUUCAUAACUUUAAGCUGUUUUAACAUGUUAGUUAUCAUGCAGGAAGUAAUUAGAAGGCACGGUGACUGGAGCCUGUUCUCCUAGCGUUCUUUUGGAGAAGUUUAUUGCUGUCAUCUUCAGAUGAAAGUGAAAGGAAACUGGGAAACCUUUUAACACUUGAACACGCCAGUUUUUUAAGAUUGUCUUUACGAAGCUGAAAAACGGACACUAAAAGUAACGACCCAAGGUUUAGCCGUAGAGUCUUCGUUAGUAAUAAUCAAUUUUCGUAAAUUUCACGUGGGACCCUCGUGUCACUGCCUGUAAUGUCGUCUGAUUGGUUCUUUGUUUUUUUUCAGUGGCUGUUUUCCCUGGACGCUGUGUUGCUCGGCCUCUUUUGUUGAUGCACUUUAAUUCUGUUUCUCUAGACGAAGUCUCUUCUCGUCUCUCGCAUUCCCUUCAUACUUUGCAUUUGCAAUUUUACUUUUGUUUUCCCUUCUACUCUUUCCCCGCUCUCCACUCUCCUCUUUUCUCUGGUCAUCUUUUCCGCUUCGGUUUUUGUUCCCUUUACAGUUUUUUUAAAAUUCUUUUUCUUUUUGUAUUUUCCCUAAUCUUCCCUGAGGAUUUCUGUGUUGGAACUGUCUAGGAUUGUUUAGACUGUGUUGAAAAUGUUGUGAAUUGGAUUGAGAGAGGGGGGAAAAAAGUUCAUGCUCCAUAUUAAACUACAAAUAGUUCAUAUUUGUAGAUCCAAUGCCAUAUAUUUUGCCAUACAUUGUAAUUUGUGUUGUAGUUUCUGAUCCUAAAGCAGCGGAGCCCAUAAUCCCACUGGGAUUAUAUGUUUUAAUCCUAAAUUUCUGUCAUCUGGCUAAGAAAGGAGAACAUACAAAGCUGACACACAGCCUGCUUAUGGAUAGAUUUGAAUACAUUUCAGCAGUUGUGCUAGUGUUGCAUUAGCAUUUAAUCACGGUUAUAGAAGAGGAAAUCAACGGCAAAGAAAAGAAAGUAAAAGAAGGAAAAUAAAAUUUCAGAUCCUUCCAGAGAGACAAUGCGUUAGUAGCCACGUUAACCCCUCUGCUACCAUGAUAACGGUGUUGUGUGUUUCUACAGUUGUUAAUUGUUUUACAGAGCGUCUGUUUGUGUGGUUGUCCUGUGCACGCAAACACAAAAAUACUACAUACACGUGUAAAUACAAGGUGGCAUGACGCCAUGUUGUUUCUGUGUUUCAGUUGUUGCACGUGUUCUGUUUCAGGACAGAAAUUUAAAUAAACUUUUAUCGCAAGUUUCUGUUUUCCA